AUGGUAUCAUUACCGGUUUCUCGCCUGGAGGAGUUGCAAAAACAUUUCAGAACGCAUGAUAGAAUCAAAGAAUACCCUGCUCAUAGUGCCAGGGUACAUUCUGUUGGCUGGAACUGUUCAGGGACCAGGUUAGCAUCUGGAUCCUUUGAUAAAUCAGUGGCAGUGUUUUCCUUGGAAAAAGAUAAAUUGACCAAAGAACAUACAUAUCGUGGACAUAGUGGUUCAGUUGAUCAACUUUGUUGGCAUGCAACAAAUCCUGACCUUUUGGCUACUGCAAGUGGUGAUAAAAGUGUAAGAAUAUGGGACACCAAAUCUCAGAAGUGUGUUGCUAAUGUUAGCACGAAAGGUGAAAAUAUUAACAUAACAUGGGCACCCAAUGGCAAAAUGAUUGCUGUCGGUAACAAAGAAGAUCUCAUUUCAUUCAUCGACGUAAGGACAUUUAAAAUAAGAAUUGAGAAACAGUUUAAUUUUGAAGUCAACGAAAUCAAAUGGAACCUAGAGACUACAGAAUUCUUUUUAACCAGCGGUCAAGGUUCCAUUCAUGUUCUUGGGUUUCCAGAAUUGAAAACUUUAGAAGUAGUUAAAGCACACCCAGGAACCUGCAUCUGUAUCGAUAUGAGUCCUAGCGGAAAGUACUUUGCUACGGGUUCUGCAGAUGCUCUAGUUUCACUGUGGGAUAUUGAAGAUAUGGCAUGUGUGCGAGUGUUUACAAGAUUGGACUGGCCUGUGAGGUCUGUUUCAUUUUCUUACGAUGGACAGUUGUUGGCGUCGGCAUCCGAAGACCUGUUCAUCGAUAUAUCUGAAACCGAGACAGGACUCCAUGUCACAGACGUGACAGUCGAGUCGCCUUCAUUUUCUGUUGCUUGGCAUCCUCACCACUACCUUUUGGCCUACGCGUGCGAUGAUAAGGAUCAGUACGAUAGGAAAAGGGACUCUGGAGGCCUUAAAGUCUUUGGUUUUUCUAAUGAAUCAUAA